AUGUCCGAGGAAGCUCCCGCACCUGCUGCCGCCCCGGCCAAGGCGGCCAAGAAGAAGACGACGGCUUCCAAGCCCAAGAAGGUCGGCCCCAGUGUGGGCGAGCUGAUUGUGAAAACCGUGGUCGCUUCCAAGGAGCGCAGCGGCGUGUCCGCAGCCGCUCUCAAGAAGGCUCUGGCUGCCGGAGGCUACGAUGUGGACAAGAACAAGGCCCGCGUCAAGACCGUCAUCAAGAGCCUGGUGGCGAAGGGCACUCUGGUGCAUGCCAAGGGCACCGGGGCCUCCGGAUCCUUCAAGAUGAACAAGAAGGCUACUGAGAGCAAAGCCAAGAAGCCCGCCGCGGCCAAAGCCAAGAAACCGGCAGCAGCUGCCAAAAAGCCCAAGAAGGCAGUAGCAGCCAAGAAGUCGCCCAAGAAGGCCAAGAAGCCUGCAGCAGCGGCCAAGAAAGCGCCCAAAAGCCCCAAGAAGGCGGCCAAGAGCCCCAAGAAGGUGCUCAAGAAGGCUCCCGCAGCAAAGAAGUCCCCCGCCAAGAAGGCCACCAAGCCCAAAGUCAAGAAGGCAGCCACAGCAACUGAAGAAGAGUCCGGGGCUGCCCUGUGUCCCCCUCCUCAGUAG